AUGACCAUGAGCUCCGUAGCCGAGAGUUUGCUGGGCUCCGACCCUUCCAAAGCUUCUUUCCUGGAGCUCGGCCACCCCUCGCCGCCGCACUACCCGCUGCACGGCCUCCACCCCGCCGGCCACCCCCAGCACGACCCGCCGCCCUUCGCUUCCUACGGUCGGCCCGGGUCCUACCCUUACACCGGCGGGGCCCCCCCGCCGCCCCACGGCGGCCCCUACCUGCCCUACCCGCCCGCCGGCGCCCAGCAUCCCCCGGCCGGGCUGGCCCACGGCGCCAGGCUGCAGGACGCAGAGCACGACAAGCCCCCAGCCGUCGCCAACGGGGAGCUGCGCAUCAACGGCAAGGGGAAGAAGCUCCGCAAGCCCCGCACCAUCUACUCCAGCCUGCAGCUGCAGGCCCUCAACCAGCGCUUCCAGCAGACCCAGUACCUGGCGCUGCCCGAGCGCGCCGAGCUGGCCGCCCAGCUGGGGCUCACCCAGACCCAGGUGAAGAUCUGGUUCCAGAACAAGCGCUCCAAGUACAAGAAGAUCAUGAAGCAGGGCUCGAGCGUGCCCGAUGGGGAGCAUCUCCACACCUCCUCGCUCUCCCCCUGCUCCCCCAACAUGCCCCCGCUCUGGGACAUCCCCGUGCCGGGCAAGGGGCCCCCCCUGGCCCCCAGCAACUACAUCAGCAGCUUCGGCGCCUGGUACCAGCCGCACCCGCAGGACACGAUGCCCCGGGGUCCCAUGAUGUGA